GAGACGCCUUGCCCACCAGUAGAAAUGAUGGAAGAAUUGCAUAGCCUGGACCCACGACGGCAGGAAUUAUUAGAGGCCAGGUUUACUGGAGUUGGUGUUAGUAAGGGGCCACUCAAUAGUGAGUCUUCCAACCAGAGCUUGUGCAGCGUGGGGUCCUUGAGUGAUAAAGAAGUAGAGACUCCUGAAAAAAAGCAGAAUGACCAGCGAAAUCGGAAAAGAAAAGCUGAACCGUAUGAAACUAGCCAAGGGAAAGGCACUCCUAGGGGACAUAAAAUUAGUGAUUACUUUGAGUUUGCUGGGGGAAGCGGGCCAGGAACCAGCCCUGGCAGAAGUGUUCCACCAGUUGCACGAUCCUCACCGCAACAUUCCUUAUCCAAUCCCUUACCGCGGCGAGUAGAGCAGCCCCUCUAUGGUUUAGAUGGCAGUGCUGCAAAGGAGGCACCAGAGGAACAAUCUGCUCUGCCAACCCUCAUGUCAGUGAUGCUAGCAAAACCUCGGCUUGACACAGAACAGUUAGCACAAAGGGGUGCUGGCCUCUGCUUUACUUUCGUUUCAGCUCAGCAAAACAGUCCCUCUUCCACAGGAUCUGGCAACACAGAGCAUUCCUGCAGCUCUCAAAAGCAGAUCUCCAUCCAGCACAGACAGACCCAGUCUGACCUCACAAUAGAAAAAAUAUCUGCACUAGAAAAUAGUAAGAAUUCUGACUUAGAGAAGAAAGAAGGAAGAAUAGAUGAUUUAUUAAGAGCCAACUGUGAUUUGAGAAGGCAGAUUGAUGAACAGCAAAAGAUGCUAGAAAAAUACAAGGAACGAUUAAAUAGAUGUGUCACAAUGAGCAAGAAACUCCUUAUAGAAAAGUCAAAACAAGAGAAGAUGGCAUGUAGAGAUAAGAGCAUGCAGGACCGCUUGAGAUUGGGCCACUUUACUACUGUCCGGCACGGGGCCUCUUUUACUGAACAGUGGACAGAUGGUUAUGCUUUCCAGAACCUUAUCAAGCAACAAGAAAGGAUAAAUUCACAGAGGGAAGAGAUAGAAAGACAACGGAAAAUGUUAGCAAAGCGGAAACCUCCUGCCAUGGGUCAAGCCCCUCCAGCAACCAAUGAGCAGAAACAGCGGAAGAGCAAGACCAAUGGAGCUGAAAAUGAAACGUUAACAUUAGCAGAAUACCAUGAACAAGAAGAAAUCUUUAAACUCAGAUUAGGCCAUCUUAAAAAGGAGGAAGCAGAGAUCCAGGCAGAGCUGGAAAGGCUAGAAAGGGUUAGAAAUCUACAUAUCAGGGAACUAAAAAGGAUACAUAAUGAAGAUAAUUCACAAUUUAAAGAUCAUCCAACGCUAAAUGACAGAUAUUUGUUGUUACAUCUUUUGGGUAGAGGAGGUUUCAGUGAAGUUUACAAGGCAUUUGAUCUAACAGAGCAAAGAUACGUAGCUGUGAAAAUUCACCAGUUAAAUAAAAACUGGAGAGAUGAAAAAAAGGAGAAUUACCACAAGCAUGCAUGUAGGGAAUACCGGAUUCACAAAGAACUGGAUCAUCCCAGAAUAGUUAAGCUGUAUGAUUACUUUUCACUGGAUACUGACUCGUUUUGUACAGUGUUAGAGUACUGUGAGGGAAAUGAUCUGGACUUCUACCUGAAACAGCACAAAUUAAUGUCGGAGAAAGAGGCCCGAUCCAUUAUCAUGCAAAUUGUGAAUGCUUUAAAGUACCUAAAUGAAAUAAAACCUCCCAUCAUACACUAUGACCUCAAACCAGGUAAUAUUCUUUUAGUAAAUGGUACAGCAUGUGGAGAGAUAAAAAUUACAGAUUUUGGUCUUUCCAAGAUCAUGGAUGACGAUAGCUACAAUUCAGUGGAUGGCAUGGAGCUAACGUCACAAGGUGCUGGUACUUAUUGGUAUUUACCGCCAGAGUGUUUUGUGGUUGGGAAAGAACCACCAAAGAUUUCAAAUAAAGUUGAUGUCUGGUCAGUGGGUGUGAUCUUUUACCAGUGUCUAUAUGGAAGAAAGCCCUUUGGCCAUAACCAGUCCCAGCAAGACAUUCUACAGGAGAAUACUAUUCUUAAAGCUACUGAAGUGCAGUUCCCACCAAAGCCAGUAGUAACACCUGAAGCAAAGGCUUUUAUCCGGCGAUGCUUAGCCUACCGAAAGGAGGACCGCAUCGAUGUUCAGCAGCUGGCCUGUGACCCCUACUUGCUGCCUCAUAUCAGAAAGUCGGUCUCCACAAGUAGCCCUGCUGGAGCUGCUAUUGCAUCAACCUCUGGGGCGUCCAAUAACAGUUCUUCAAAUUGAGACCGACUCCAAUGCCACAAACUGUUAACGCACAGAGUGGACAAACAGCAUUCAGCAGCGGGUUUGGAACUUAGCGAAUCCGAAUGGAUCUCAUGAAACCUGUACCAGGUGCUUUUAUUUUCUUGCUUUUUUCCCAUCCAUAGAGCAUGACAGCAUCGAUUCUCAUUGAGGAGAAACCUUGGGCAGCUCUGGCCAGGCCUCGUAGGAAAAGGCCCCGCCCGAGGUUCUGGCGUCACCAGCCACUGUGUGUGGCUGCUCUGAGUGAGGAAAAAAUUAAAAAGAAAAACUGGUUCCAUGUACUGUGAACUUGAAAAUAUGCAGACUCAGGGGGGUCCCUGAUGCAAUGCUUCAGAUGAAGAAUGUGGACUUGAAAAUACAGACUGGGCUAGUCCAGUGUCUAUAUUUAAACUUGUUCUUUUCUUUUAAUAAAGUUUAGGUAACAUCUCCUGAAAAGCUUGUAGCACAAAGGCUCAGCUGGGGAUGGUGUUUGACUUCGGAGGAAAAAAGUUGCUAUUGCCCGUUAAAGGCACUAGAGUUAGUGUUUUAUCCCUAAAUAAUUUCAAUUUUUAAAAAACAUGCAGCUUCCCUCCCCUUUUUUUAUUUUUGAAAGGAUACAUUUGGUCAUAAAGUGAAACCCGUAUUAGCAAGUACGUGGCAAUGUUCAUUCCAGUCAGAUGCAGCUUUCUCCUCCGUCUGGUCUCCUGCUUGCAAUUGCUUCUGUCUCAGUUGGGAAAGAAGGGAGUGGGAGUACUGAGAUGUGCGGGUUUUUGCCAUUGGACAAAGAAUGAGGUUAGAAGACUGCAGCUUGGAGUCUCUCUAGGUUUUCAACUUAUUUCUUCACAAUUUGAACACUUGACGGUUGUCCCUUUUAAUUUAUUUGAAGUGCUAUUUUUUUAAAUAAAGGUUCAUCUGUCCAUGCAGUCCUCCUGGAUUCUCUGAAUGUAGUAACUAUCAAAACUGUUCCAAAGGUAGGCAGAAAACAGGCUGGAAAGCCAAAAACUCCAGGGAUCAGUAGUUCCUACCCACAGUCUUUGUGUGCUUGCUAAAUGAUGUACAUUUCUUGUUACCACAUUAUUAAAACUUGAUCGGCACAUAA